UGUUAUUUCAAUUGCUUUUGCUCAUGAGAACUAUUGAUGUAAAACAAGUAAAACGUUAAAACAAAUAUAACGGUUCAUUUUGGGAGAGUGGUUUUGGUACGUGCAAGACUAGGUGCAUGAGUUUAGGAUUUACAUACUUGUACAUCUUGAAGAAAUAAUUCUCAGAAAUUCCAUAUGUGAGGAUCGUGUUAUAACAUAUGCACAUGCAAAAAUAUUAUGAAAAAAAAUGGUUUGAUAUAUCCUGCACCAAGAAAGCCAAAAGACUUAACUUACUUUAUGUAGUUUACAAUAUUAACCACCUUUUCUUCUGCAGCACAGGCGGAGCAGAGGGCUAGGCAAAGUUUGGGGCUAGCCCAACCCAAUAGCUAUUUUCAUGUCUUUCAUUUGCAAUUUCCAGAAAAGCUUUUCUAAAGGAUGCUAGGCAAAGUUUGGGGCUAGCCCAACCCAGUAGCUAUUUUCAUGUCUUUCAUUUGCAAUUUCCAGAAAAGCUUUUCUAAAGGAUUUUGGGCCUCGGCCCUUGUUUGCAGCUGGUGCAUAAGUUUUAACAUGAUGCGCAUAAAUUACUUCUACAAAAUUUCUUAAAAUGCACAUGUCUCCAAAGCAUAACUUAGGCACACGCGAAUGCAAUGCACAUCUGCAUUUCCUUAUUACGUUGAAAGAAGAUCACGGUAGCAUACUUAGAAUAGCGUUGCCUUAAAUGUUGGUUGUCACGCGAGUUAUUUACUUGAUAAUUUUGUUGUAAAAUUAUUAUGUGCUACUAGAGAAAGGUAGUAACUUAGUCAUUUGGCAGUUCUUCAUUCAAUUUUGUUCUACUAGGAACACACUUUAUUUAUUGUUAGUGUUGAAAGUGCAUAGCAUGAAAUGGAUUAUACAUUAGAUAUACAGAUGGAUCAUGAGGUCCUGGAGCAUAUACUUGAUGGAAGAGAGAAGCCGAAAAAUCUAUCACUCGCACUUUUGAAGGAUGUCACAGGAAAUUUCUCGGGCGAUCGAGAAAUCGGCCACGGUGGAUUUGCAACCGUUUAUAAGGGAGUGCUCCCAAAUGGGAACUACGUUGCAGUAAAGAGGAUAAAGAACAUCCAUUCAAUCAAUGAGACGUUGUUUUAUCGCGAAGUUGACAGCCUGUUGAACAUUGAACACGAAAAUGUUGUACGGUUUCUUGGCUUCUGUGCUAGCACAGACCAGAUAGCCAUAGAAAAAGAAGGAUCAAAAGAAUUUAUUUACGCAGAGGUAAGAGAAAGACUACUCUGCUUUGAGUAUAUCAGCAAUGGAAGCCUGAAAAAUUAUAUUACCGAUGAAUUAAGGGGACUUGAAUGGAACACGUGUUAUGAAAUAAUUAGAGGCAUUUGUGAAGGUUUGUACCAUCUGCACCGGGAAAAGCAAAUUUAUCAUAUGGAUAUGAAACCUGACAAUAUACUGCUAGAUAAUGAUAUGGUUCCGAAAAUCACUGAUUUUGGUUUAUCGAGACUAGAUGAAAAGUCACAAACCAUGAGUGAAGACCGCUUCGGAUCAGUAGGAUACUGUGCUCCAGAAUACCUACAGCAGGGAAAGAUGUCAUUCAAAUCAGACAUGUACAGUUUGGGUGUUAUAAUUAUUGAACUAGUGACAGGACAGAAGGCGAUCCCCAACAAUAAUAAUGUACUUAGGAGAUGGAGGCACAGAUGGAAGAAAACAGGGAAGGAAACACCAUUGGUUUACCAACAAGUAGCAAAAUGCCUCGAAAUUGGGUUACUAUGCCAGCAAAUUGAGCCAUCCAAACGGCCUUAUAUAUGGGAUAUGAUACAUGUUAUUAGAGAAACUGAAGGUGCUAAUGGAAAAAUCAGCAAUUCCUAUGAACAUACAUUUGGACAGAUAAGCCCUUACUCGGAAGAUGAUAUGCUUGGAAUUGAGCCACUCCAACUACAUUUUCCUUUUGAGCUUAACAAACAGAUGUCAUGUGCACUUCAGCUAACCAAUGAGAUGGACUGUUACAUUGCCUCCCACGUUGAAAAUACGAGCCCGGUGUCAUACAACACACAGCCACAGAAAGGCAUUAUGCCUCCACGAUCCAAGUGUAAUGUCGAAAUAACAUUGCAACCGCAGGGCCAGGCUCUGAGAGAUCGUGCCAAUGAAUUUGUUGUAUGGAGCACCACAGUGAAUGGUGGCCUUAUAGUUGAGGAUAUAACUAUAAACAUGUUCAUUAAAGAGGCAGACAACGUGGUUGAUGAGGUGAAUUUAGAUGUCGUUUUUGACGGUGGUGAGCCACAAGAAGCAAGUAAGAAAACAAGCGAGCCACAAGAAGCAAGUAAGAAAACUAGCGAGACAAUCCCACCUUUAAUGCAGAUCAUAGAUAAUGGUGAAGUUCAGACGAUCGAUUCUAUAGAUGCAGAUCUGACAGAGCCAUUGAUUAUAACAAGUCACUCAGAUGGCAGUGGAAGAGCUGCUUGCUGCUGCGGAAGUCUACGUGAGGCUGCUGCUUGCUGCUGCGGUAGUCUAUGUGAGGCUGCUGCUUACUGCUGCCCCUAUGCUGCUUGUUGGUGCUGCGGCUGUGCUGUUGCUUUCUGUCUUUCACAUUUUAGCCAUGCUGCUGCUGCUGCUUGCUGUUGCUUGUCCUGCCUGAUGCGUCGUUUGUCACACAGUUAAUAUCAUCUACGA